GCCCGGGAACCGCGCUCGCCGCCGGCCCGACGCCGCCAUGAGCGCCGCGCUUUUCAGCCUGGACAGCCCGGCGCGCGGCGCCCCCUGGUCCGCGGAGCCCGCCGCCUUCUACGAGCCGGGCCGCGCGGGAAAGCCGGGCCGCGGGACCGAGCCGGCCGCGCCCGCCAUGUACGACGACGAGAGCGCCAUCGAUUUCAGCGCCUACAUCGACUCCAUGGCCGCCGUGCCCACUCUGGAACUGUGCCACGACGAACUCUUCGCCGACCUCUUCAACAGCAACCACAAGGCGGGAGCCCUGGAGCUGCUGCCCGGGGGCCCCGCGCGCCCCGCGGUCCCCGGGCCGGCGCCGCGACCGCUCAAGCGCGAGCCCGACUGGGGCGAUGGCGACGCGCCCGGCUCGCUGCUGCCCGCGCAGGUGGCCGCGUGCGCGCAGACGGUGGUGAGCCUGGCGGCCGCCGCGCAACCCACGCCGCCCGCGUCGCCCGAGCCGCCGCGCCGCAGCCCUGCGCCCCCAGCACCCGGGCCGGCGCGCGACAAGGCGGCGGGAAAGCGGGGCCCCGACCGCGGCAGCCCCGAGUACCGGCAGCGGCGCGAGCGCAACAACAUCGCCGUGCGCAAGAGCCGCGACAAGGCCAAGCGGCGCAACCAGGAGAUGCAGCAGAAGCUGGUGGAGCUUUCGGCCGAGAACGAGAAGCUCCAGCAGCGCGUGGAGCAGCUGACGCGGGACCUGGCCGGGCUGCGGCGCUUCUUCAAGCAGCUGCCCGGCGCGCCCUUCCUGCCCGGCGCGGGGGCGGCGGACGCGCGGUGACGCGAGGGGCGCGCGGGCUGCGGCCGCGGUGUCUGGAGCCACCGGGCCGGACUCCCGUGCUCGGCUGGGACUCAAGACAGCUGCCGCGUGGACCCUAAGUUACUGUGACGGCAGCUUCUCUACAUCCUACGCCUAGGAUGCAGCAAAGGUACAUUCGUAAAAGAGACUUUUGGGACAAGCCAUUGUACUGUAGAUACGAGGAAAAAAGACUUGAGCAUGCACACAUUUUUAUAUUGAUUUUUACAGUAUUUGUAAGAAUAAAGACGCGUUAGACCAACCUUGAAUCCUGCGCUCGCAGCCCUCCGGAACCCCGGGAAGGGCGCGUCUGUCCGGCGUGCGCCCCGGGGCCGGGUUCCUGGAAGAUCGUCUCUUUGCUUCUCAAACAGGCCAAACUACACCUGCGGACGUGCUCGUUAACUUGCAGAGACCCCCCUCGGGUGGAAGGCGCCCCGGGAACGUGUCAGAGACCGGCGGGAGCGCGCCCCACCUCGAGCGGGGGCCCCAGGGGCAGGGAGAGGAGGGCUCAGGUUGUCCGAAAACCAGUCCGACUCGUCUUGGCUUUCAUGGGAUUUGCUUUCACUUUCUUCAGUCUUGUAGAGUUUCUAGCAGAUUUUCAAAGUGCGUAAGAUACAGAACGGUCACGUAGGAUGGAAAGGACAGUCACAAAGCUACUAAAAACCGGCUACCUUGUCAGUACUUGUAAUGUUUCAACGCUUAAUCUGAACGACUAAAUAAAGCCUUGCCUGUCCCCCGUGAAA